AUGCCUUCCGAAACACUUACCCGCGCGGAAGUCGCUAAGCACAACACCGAGGACUCCCUUUGGUGUAUCAUCGACCACCGCGUGUAUGAUCUAACCGAUUUCGUGGACGCCCAUCCGGGCGGGUCCGUCGUGCUCGCCCAGGUGGCUGGCCAGGACGCCACAGCCGAUUUCUACAACUUGCACCGCCAGGAGGUGCUAGAGAAAUAUCGUGACCAAUUAUGUAUUGGAAUUAUUGAGGGCGAGAAGCCCGAAGUCAUCGACCCCAAGGUCGGCGCCUUGAGCCCUGUGCCCUAUGCUGAGCCGUUGUGGUUGCGCCCGCAGUUCAAGAACCCUUAUUACAAGGAGAGCCACCGUCGGCUACAGAAGGCCAUGCGCGAGUUUACCGAUAAAUAUGUCACCCCCGAAGCACAGGAGAAGGAAAGAGAUGGCACUUAUAUCAGCCAGGAGUUGAUUGAUCGUAUGGCUGAGACGAAUAUUCUGGCUAUGCGUCUGGGCCCUGGCAAGCACCUCCACAACCGCACGCUGCUUGGUGGCAUUGUGGAUGGCAAGGACUUUGAUUACUUCCAUGACAUGAUUGUCGCACAGGAGUCCGUGCGCGCCAACGCUCGAGGUUUCCAGGAUGGUAACAUGGCUGGCAUGACUAUCAGUCUUACAGCAGUUCAACAGUGGCUUCAGGAUCUUGUGCUCAAGGAGAAGGUGACAGAGGAGGUCUUGUCCGGGAAGAAGAAGAUGUGUCUUGCGAUCACUGAGGCUUUCGCCGGUAGCGACGUUGCGGGCCUGAAGACCACCGCUGAAAAGACACCGGAUGGCAAAUUCUACAUUGUCAACGGCACCAAGAAGUGGAUCACCAACGGCAUGUUCGCCGACUACUUUGUCACCGGAUGCAAGACCGAGAAAGGAUUUACUGUGCUUUUGAUUCCACGCGAUGACGGAGUGGAGACCAAGCAGAUCAAAACUUCAUACUCGACCACCGCCGGAACUGCUUUCGUGCAAUUUGAGAACGUCAAGGUGCCCGUGAGCAACAUUCUCGGCCAGGAGCACAAGGGUUUCGCAGUCAUCAUGUCAAAUUUCAACCAUGAGCGCUUCUACAUGGCGGCGGGUGUGACUCGAUGCAUGACGUCUGUCGUCGAGGAGUGCCUCAAGUGGUGCAACCAGCGGAUAGUGUUCGGAAAGAAAUUGGUUGAGCAGCCAGUCAUGCGUCAAAAACUUGCUCGCAUGAUCUCCCUCGCCGAAUCCCACCAGGCUUGGCUCGAGUCUAUCACCUUCCAGAUGUGCAACUUGACCUACGCUGAGCAGGCAAAGCACCUGGCUGGCCCAAUCGGUCUGCUCAAGUCUAGCGCAACUCGUGCCGCCCAUGAGGUCGCUGACCAUGCUGUGAAUAUCUUUGGCGGACGUGGUUUGACGCAGACAGGUAUGGGCAGGGUUGUGGAAAUGUUCCACCGUGGAUAUAAAUUUGAUGCUAUCUUGGGUGGAACAGAAGAGAUUCUUGCGGAUUUGGGUGUUCGGCAAGCGAUGAAAGACUUCCCCAAGGCGAUGCUCUAA